AUAUGUCAUUCACAUCAUUUUAUUUUGUGAAAUCCUGAAAACGAGUUGAUUUCGUGAAAAUACAUUUUGGUUGUGGCCACGGGCAUGUGCGUGUCUUUCUCUCGGACCGAUUUGUUUGUCUAGAAUAUGUGGUAACCUGUUGUGUUUAUAUGAUAUUCGAAAUUAACUUUUAGCAAUAUUAUUAUUCGGAGGUUUUCCUCAGUUUUCCCUCACCUAGUGUUCAAAAUACCUGGACUGCAGUUUUUACCUCUACAUAAUGGACAUAAUGUGAUCUGUACUCCUUUAGUGUUUAGUGGUCGAUUAUCUAUUUUGGACACGAUUUUGGUCUAAAUUUACAUCUGAGUGUGCUCCAUGUAUAUCGAAAAGAAGAACAAAUUGCAUUGAUGGCGUCUACCAUCGUCAAGAAGCACAGACUGAAGACCGCUUGACAACCGAAACAUGUUCCCUUUACCGUCCAACCAAGAUUGUCGUGUCGAGCUUAGCGAUAGGGGGGACGACAGCUUUAAUUAGACGUUCAUAGUUGCCUUCAAUUAGGUCCAAUCUCUUUGUAAAUAGUGAUUAUUUCGGUAGUGAACCUUUUUUUCGGAGAGUGAAAUAUUGUUAUAAUGGAGAAUACAGAAGUGGAAAAGAACUGUUCCAGUGAAGAUGGACAGCUCACUAGAAAUAGGAGUUUCAAAUCGAAACAGCUCGUGCGCAGCCAAGCGAUACGCGAAGCCACGUCACCGCCGCGCACGGUCUCCCCCUACCCGCCCAGUCCUGAGGCGGAGGGGGAGACCAGCACGAGAUGCGUCACGAGCGUAAUGUGUGAUGAAGAGAAGCUGCCUGUGCAGAUACAGAUAACAUCAGGCGGUUGGGAGGUGGACACUUACACUGAGCAGCGUUUACGCACGCGUCGUUGGCUCGGACAGCGGCCGCACUCGGACUCAUCGCGCGAUUUCCUGUCGUACAACCCGCGCGUUAUGUGCGUGUGUGGGAAGUGCGCUUGUCCGCACUGCAGGGGCAAAAGGAAACAUAUAUGUGCGAUGAAGCAAGACUCGGGCAUCGUGUGUUCAGUGGACUGUCCGGAGUGUUCAGACUGUGAAAACAUAGGUACAAAUGGCAAAACGGAGAGCGUUGAUAUCGAUGAGAAUAAUAUAUUUUAUUGUAGGUGCCCAGACCGAAAAGAGAAGCCAAAAAGUAUAUCUUUAAGUGGAAAUGAUACAGACGAAAAAGCCGAGUUAUCAGAUCACGAAUUGGUCAAUUUCAUACGAGAUACUUUAAAUAAGAACCCAAAAGACAGGAUCACGCUGUUAAAGAUCGAGAGGGAUCUGCAUGCGCUCGUCAAUGAUGUUGGCCGCUGCAUAGUCCGUUUCCCGGUGAUGACGUCAUACGGCCGCAUGCUAGUGCAUCGUUGUGCCGCGCUGUUCCAUCUCGCCCAUCACAUAGACCACACGAACAAGAAUUGUGUUAUCGUGUCUAAGAGCGGCACAAGUGGAGGCAGGAUACCGUGCACGAGUUUCAAGCAGUGGUGCACUAGAGCCUUCCCGAAAUCACCUCCUAGGAGACAUGACGAUACCCUUGCUAAGUCGAUAUUAAAACGCUGCGGCGCCGGUGCGUUAGAAGCGGGUGGUAGUGGUGUAGACGCGCCGCGUAGCAAGUCGCUGGAACAACGCGAACGGGACUACGAGCGUGUGCGGCGGCGGAUAUUUAGCUCGGACAACUGCACACAGGAUGAAAAUCAAUGGCCUUGGUUAUCGACGGGUCCAGUUAAAUUACUCACUCCUGACGGUGGACGGAAUAAACUUGCAAAGGUACAAUCACUCGAGUCUCGCGACGAAGGUACAUCACGAGGAGCGGUGGCCAAGAGUCACAGCUUUGGCGGCUACGAGCCUACACAGCCGAGAUUGCUCAGCAGACAGGGUGAUCUAGCGUCGAGCAGUUGGCGUUUAUCGCCCUCCAGUUCUGGAUAUAAAACGUUGAGUUUGAGAAGCACUGACUCUGUUACGCCUUCGCCUACUGGCGGUGCCAGUCCCGAACCGGGAAGCGAAUCGGCGACCCUCGUGUGGGCGGUCACGGAUUUAUCCGCUGUACCACCGGGGGCUAUUGUUAUACACCCACAGACAGGCAGACCGCUAACGAAUCCCGACGGCUCCAUAUACCACUUCGAUCCCGCGAACCCGCCCGCUUUCUGCAAUAACGUUCAUAAUGAUAAGAAUGAUGCAAAUGAAAAACGAAGAGGCAAGUUGGAAAAACAACAUUCGUUUAUGGAUACAGAGUGCGAAUGCCCCACAAGCGAAUGCAGGAAGUGUUGCUGUGAAUGCAGGCAAAAUGGACAGAAGUCGGCGGAUAAGACAACGCCGCAAUGCUCUAAAAACAACUCGGUACAAAAUAGUCCGAUAAAAACGCUCGCAAACACAGACACAAAAGAUACACAAACACCAGAACCGAACCAUAAAGAAGAAACCAAACCCGUGAUCGAAGUGCAACCACAGAGAAUAGAGAUUAGAGAAAAUUCAAAUUCCGAACAGAAAUUUGAAAACAAAACGGUCGAAAUUCAAAAGCCGGAGAACAAAAGGCUAGAAACGCAAAAGUCGUUCGACAAUUCGCAAUUUGAAAAUAAUUUGCCGGCAUCGCCAGCCAAUCAGAGGCAGGAAUCGCCGAAUCAACGUUUUUCAAAUUCGACCAAUCAGAGGCAAGAUUCGCCGAAUCAACGUUUUUCAAAUUCGACCAAUCAGAGGCAAGAUUCGCCGAAUCAACGUUAUUCAAAUUCAGCUAAUCAGAGGCAAGGAGAUUCGACCAAUCAGAGGCCGGUUGAACAUCGAACGUUCGAGAAUCAACGGUUGAAUAGAACGUAUUCGCAAGAGCACCAAGAUGUGGCUUAUCAGAGUUAUUGCCAGGGAUAUAGAAAUGAGUUGACGUCACCAUCGCAAGCGAUGGUCACAUACCAACCGGAUGUGGCUGAAAUACAAAAUAUGAUGGCGCAAGCUAAAAUCACACCGGUGCCCAUACAGGAUCCUAAUAUACGGCCUGUUUCAAUAGCCAACAUGAUGUAUCCUGGUAUACCUCAAGGGUAUCCGUUCGUCAAUCAUUGUAGACUCGAUCAAGGCAUGCAACCAAUAUAUCAGCCCAUGGUGGAAGAACCGAAACAUUUGCCGCCUUCACCGCAUACAGAUAACACUUUUAGGAUAGAUCCAAGUUAUCCAUACGCUACAGAAUUCAACGCGUACAGCGGAUGUUCAGAACCGAUGUUACAACAAAGGGGGUACAACAUGGGCUACGGUCAAGUUGAAGUGCCCGCCAUGGUGCCUUCGUAUCCCGUACCUAAUGUUAUACUGCAACCGCCUAUGCAACAUUAUCCGUAUCAAGAACCGAUCCAGUGGCAGAACGUACAACAGCCGGUCGCCAUGGCAACGGCUGCGCCGAAACUGAUGCUGCACGACGUGUAUCCGAUAGUCUGCCCGAAUGUGUACCAACCAUAUAAUGUUGUUUAUCCGCAGAUGCUCCCACAACCGUAUCCGGUAUGCCAACCCGUCUACCCGCUAAUCGACAAGACACCGGAAGUGCAGCACCAGCGCACAACGCCACAGAUGCGCAAGCGCAACUCCAUCGGCUCCGCUAGAGACACGCCGCACGAAAGGGGGGAGGGGGGGCCCGACAUUGUUAACAAGAUACAGCAAAUUAAGGAGCAAAUGGCGACGAUAAACACGAAGGAGAAGAGAAGAGAGGAGUGGGGGGGGAACAGUGGGAGCGGCAUCCUGGGCAGUUAUCCCGUCAACGCGUACAGUGCCAGAGUUAACGGUCGGCCCAACGAAGAGGCCCAGCUGAGUUCGGCUGCACGUGCGAUAGUCAAUUCCAUUAGAAAUAUACAGGCGAAGAAUAAUUACCCAGAAACACGCAAGUACGACUACACACGCACCGACCGGCCGUCGUACCGGCGUCCGGACGACCGGUUCCGAUCCGACCGGUCGGAUCGGAACGAUCGGAUCGAACGUCGUGACGGUGACCGGCGGGCCGGGUACAGGGAUAACCCGUUCGCUGUGCAGUAUAGACCGCCGUAUUUGUUGCGACAGAUGUCUCCCGGUACGUGGUGCAGGCGUUCACCGGGACCAGUCCAUCCAGUACUAAACCCGCCCCGACGGCCGCAUCCAGAUCGAAACGCCCGACGCUAGACGGCGCAACACACACAUAUCGACGCGAUAGUCGCAGCUUGUAGUCGCGGCGACUGUCGCGCGACUUUUUUGUCGCACGACUUUUAGUCGCAAGCGGAUUUUUUUUGCACGGGAAUUGAUUAAUGGGUCAAUAAAUGGUUUUGAAGGAAAUAUUAAUAGAUUAAGCAGUUUGUAACACACCAAAGUUCCCACAAUUUUUUAUAGUAGUGAUCUGAAUGUUGUAGACGAAAUAAGUAAAUAAUUCACAAAAGUUUCAGUUUUGAAUUAAUAAAAACAGUUUGUAACACACGUAAAUUCCAAUGAUUUUUAAUAGCAGUGAUCUGAAUGUUGUAGACUCAAUAAGUAAAUAAUUCACAAAAGUUUAAUUAUUGUCUGUACGUAGCAGUUUCAUUUCAAUAAAAUAAUAUUUAUUUUUAUUGAAGAAAUAGUACUUCUUAAAUCUAUAAGUAAUUGUUGUAUUUAUUACUAAACGGCUGGACCGUAAAAAUAGAUGAAAAUUCAAAUUCAUGUGUAGGAACUUAUUACAACUUAUAAUACUUAGAUGACACUAAUUAUAAUUCCCCUAAUUUUUGUCAAAUUACGGAAAAUAGCACUUUUUGUAUAAAAAAUAAACAAAGACAAAAAAGUCGCGCGACAAUCGCUCAAUGUGUAAAAACCUUUAUAUUUGCGUUCGCUAGAGAGAAUUGAGUAAGUGACGUUUUUUAUUUGUUUUCUAUUUCGAUUGUUUUUUUUUUUUUUUGUAUAGAAAUUAUUAUUAUAUUAGUGUCUGUCACUUAUUUAGUUUUUUUCAUGUAAAUAAAAGUAGAUGGUAGGUUUUUAGUAUUUUUUCUGUCAAAGAAAAAUAUUUUGGUUUCGAUCGGGGCUGCCUGUGUUUAUAUAUUUUUGAUUGCGUUGGAAUGUGUUUUUAACCGACUUUUAACAAAGGAGGACCUUAAAAAUAUUAUGAGAUUUAAUAUCUAUGGGUGUUUGUAAAGUCAUGAAACAAAAUUGACAAUAAUUUCCUUAUUUUUCCUUAAAUUUAUUGGUAAUAAAAUUAAAUUGAUCAAUAUUUAAAAAACACCCUGUAUCUAU